AUGCUCGAUCAAACAUCAAAUGAUGAUGAGAUAAAAAAUAUUUAUCAUAUACUUGCCAUGGUUAAUGAUAAUCAAGGAAAUUAUACUCAAGCAAUUACCUUUUAUGAAAAAUCAAUUGAAAUUCAACAAAAUAAUCCUUCUCAUAAUUAUAUUGAUCUAGCUACUUCUUAUAAUAAUAUUAGUAUCGAAUAUGAUGAGAUGGAAGAAUAUUCAGAAGCACUUUUCUAUUAUGAAAAAGCACUUGAAAUCUAUCAAAAAAAUCUUGCUUCCAAUCAUUCUAAUUUAAGUCGUUUUUACAACAAUAUUGGUUUGUUGUAUCACAAGAUGGGUUUGUAUUCGAAAGCAUUAUCAUCUUAUGAAAAAGCAACUGAAAUCUAUCAAGAAACUCUUCCUUCAAAUCAUCCUAACUUGGCUACUUCUUACAUCAAUACUGGAAUGACAUUGAAUAUAUUGGGCGAGUAUUCAAAAGCACUUUCAUUUUAUGAAAAAGCACUUGAAAUCGACGAAAAAACACUUCCUUCAAACCAUCCUGAUUUAGCAUCUUGUUACAUUAAUCUUGGCGUGUUGUAUAAGAACUUAUGCGACUAUUCAAAAGCAAUUUUAUAUUAUGAAAAAGCCCUUGAAAUUCAAGAAAAAUCUCUCUCUUCUGAUCAUCCAGCUUUAACUACUUCUUACAAUAAUCUAGGUUUGGUGUAUGAGACUAUGGGAGAUGAUUCAAAAGCAUUUUUAUUCCUUGAAAAAGCUCUGAAAAUUCAUGAAAAACUUCUUUCUUCUAAUCAUCCUCUUUUGGCUGUAUCGUACGCCGGUAUUGCCAAAGUUUAUUACAAUAUGGAUGAUUACUCGAAAGCAUUGCCAUGCUUUGAACGUGCUGUUCAUAUUGGACAACAUUCAUUACCUUCUGAUCAUCCAAAUCUUCAACAAUAUAACAUAGGUUUGAAAAUGCUCAAAGACAAAAUGUAA